AUGUCUUGGGAAACAGAUCAUAGAUCAUGUGUUUGGCCUAACCAAGCCAUAUCAGCUAAAAGAGACGAGAAGGAGAUACAAAAGGUCCUAUCCGUUAAAUCUAAGAAGGUGUAUCCUGUGGAAUUUAAGCCAGAAAAUCAUAACUGCUAUAUACUCAAAUUUUGUUUACUACCCAAUGGUAAAAUUCUACUUGCCGAUCGCAACAAUCGCAGACUAAAGAAACUUGACAAAUCCUACAAGUUAAUCAGUCUAUGUGAUCUUCCCGCGGCAACCUUAGACGUGUGUUAUGUGGGUAAUCAGACAGCUGCUGCGUGUCUUGGAGAUGCUGGUAUACAGUUAGUUGAUAUAUCAGGUGAAAUGAAGUUGAAGGAAUUAGUGAAACUGGACCAUCCCUGUUUAGGUAUUGAUUUCCAUAGGAAUAACCUCUAUGUCACAAGCAGGGACACGGUGUUCAGUUAUACGAAGGACGUUUCUCAGCAGCGUGUUCUUUACCAUAAACAAGAAGUAUUACCAGAUGAAGCGCUAGGUCAUAUUACUGCUAGUAAGGACGGGAAAUUGCUCUAUUUGUCUGAUGUUAAUGGUGGUCUUGUUACCAUAGACAGUAAUGGCAGUCAUCUGAAUACUUUGAAAAAUGAUGUGCUACAGGGUGCCUCUAGUGUAUGUUUAGCCAGUGAGGAUACGAUACUUGUCACUGAUGAAAACACAAAUAGUGUGCAUCAGGUUGACUAUAAAGGUGAAAAGGUCUUGGGGACAGUUUUGACAAGGGAGCCGGACGAACAAAAACCAUGGUCGGUCUAUUAUGAAAGACAUCUGGCUAGAAUGCUUGUCGGACAUUUAAAUCAGAACUAUAUUACAGUUUAUGAAGUACAAUAG